AUGGCUACAACCAAGUUUCGAGCUGUCAUUGUUGGUGGAGGUGUUUCUGGCCUCACUCUGACAAGCGCGCUGGAAAAGUCCAAAGUAGAAUAUGUACUCUUGGAGGACAGGGAAGAUUUUGCACCAAGUGUCGGGGCUUCGAUAGCCCUCGCCGCGAAUGGGGCCCGCAUACUCGAUCAGCUAGGAUGUUAUCAGACUAUUGAAGGCCACGCGAUCCCGUUGACCAACAUUCAGACAUGGAUGGAUGGUCGGAUGCUCAGAGAUUCGGAUGAACUGCUCUUCAAUCAUAAGAGGUUAGGCUAUCCAGUGUUUUUCGUUGAUCGCCAUCUUCUUCUGAGAAAACUUUAUGAUAAUAUCGAGGAUAAAAGCCGCCUUCUGCUUGAUAAAAGAGUGUCUGGAAUUGGCCACAACCAAGAAGCCGCAACGGUUCGAAUCAUUGUACGUCAAGAAAUGUUCCGACAUACGGAGGUCAACCAACCGGGCUUACGGGACGUUGAAGAGAAUGCAAUGUUAUCAGAGUAUAAGUGCAUGGCGCGUCUUCUAGUUCGUCUUCGAAAGGAUGGACAAGGAACACCAUCUUCCAAUAUCCCCAAGUUCACAGAUGAGGACGCGGUGGCUUUGGCUCAGCGAUCGUCGUCAGUUCUACUGAGCGGGAAAGUCAAGUUCGCUGAUCUCCGGGAGAAUCGCUUGCCUUACAAGCUCGUACUAUUGGAAGAGGGAAUGUUCCGUCACUGGAUAUGGGGCCGUCUUAUCUGCAUAGGGGACUCUAUCCACAAGUGGACUCCUAAUAUCGGCCAAGGGGUUAAUGAUGCCAUCGAAUCAGCAGCAUGUGUGGCGAAUGCUCUUGGUCGACUCGCAUCGUUGCAUGAAACUGCGUCAAAGAAAGAAGUUGAACGAGGCCUCGGCAGUGUUCUGAACGACGAAAAGCGCGGGGCGACGUCGACAUUUUAA